AUAUUAUAUAAAGACCUAACUUGACUUCGGUGCACACUUCAAUUUCUCACGUCUGCUUGCCGGUGCACGGAGAUUUAUCGUUCCACUUCCAAAAUAAUAUUUUGAAAAUACUAUAGCCAUGGCUGGGAAAGUUGUGCUGCACUAUUUCAAUGGGAGAGGGAAAAUGGAGUCAAUCCGUUGGCUUUUGGCCGUUGCAGAGGUUGAGUUUGAUGAGGUGCAUCUGGAAACUCGUCAGCAAUAUGAAACACUCCUGAGUGAUGGAGCCCUCCUGUUUCAACAGGUUCCCAUGGUGGAAAUGGAUGGCAUGAAACUUGUUCAGACAAAAGCCAUCUUGAACUACAUCGCAGCGAAGUACAAUCUCAAUGGGAAAGAUCUCAAAGACCGUGUCAUGAUCCAAACAUUAUCAGAGGGAGCGACGGACCUCAUGGAAAUGAUAAUGAUGUUGCCCUUUAGCUCAGAUACAAAAACAAAACUGGACAACAUUGAAAGUAAAUCAAAAAGCCGCUACCUUCCUGUGUUUGAAAAGGCGCUGUCUGGGCCCAUAUACCUGGUGGGAGGUAAACUCAGCUCUGCAGAUGUGCUGCUUUUUGAAUGCACCCUAAUGUUGGAGGAGAAGUUUGCUGGAAUCCUCGCAGAGUUUCCCAACGUCAAGUCUUUCCAGGGCAGGAUGACCCGGAUUCCCGCCAUCAGCAAGUUUCUGCAGCCAGGCAGCAAGAGGAAGCCGCAACCAGAUGAAACCUACGUGAAGACCGUCAUGGAGGUGUUCAACAUCAAAGCACCAUUUUUGUGAACUCUGUACAGUCCGCACACAGGCAGGGUGAAUGAUUAAUUGUGCAACCACAGUAUUAUAUUUGAAUACUUCACUAUCCAUCACAAAUGUUAACAUGACUGGAAUGUAUGGAACCCAUUUACAUUACAUGGAUGUUUUUAAUGUGACGCUUCUACUUAAUAAAUGGUUGGAUUUUGAGAAA